GGCACAUGUUAAUGGCGUGAUACAAACUAGAUUUUUAUCAGCUGCUGUUUGUAAAGAUACUUCAGCAUCUAACUUAGUAAGCCAGCUAUUGUUGUUUUAUGACUCGGCUAACUUUCAGACCUUGAGUUGGCAGGAGAAGUUGGGUGCCCAAGAUGUCUAAACGGAUAAGCGCAACUGGCAAUGAAAACCCGAACAAACGACGAAAAUCUGCGGCGAAGGAGGAAGAAGAGAAGGCAAACGAUGGUGACCAGGAAGGUCCUACUCAGAGCCAGCCUUGUGCCAGAGAUGUUAGUGAUGCAGGGAUUGUGGAAAGCAUCACACUGAAGAAUUUCAUGUGCCACUCAUUGCUCGGCCCUUUUGACUUUGGUUCCAAUGUCAACUUUGUUGUUGGCAACAAUGGGAGCGGAAAGAGCGCCAUUCUCACAGCUCUUAUAGCUGCCUUAGGUGGAAACGCUCAUGCCACAAAUAGAGGAUCAUCUCUCAAGGAGUUUGUGAAAGAAGGAGAAAGUGCAGCGGAUGUAACUGUCACCCUGCGUAACAAAGGGAGGGAUGCUUACAAGCCUGAGGUGUAUGGCUCCGUUAUCAUUGUAGACCUGAGAAUAACAAGAGAGGGGAUAAGAACGUAUAAACUAAGAAGUAAAUCAGGUCAGGUCAUCUCAACCAAAAAAGAAGAGCUCCUUUCCAUCCUGGACAAUUUCAAUAUCCAAGUCAACAAUCCUGUAUCAGUUCUCACUCAGGAGAUGAGCAAACACUUCCUUCACUCAAAAGACGAACGGGAGAAGUAUAUGUUUUUUAUGAAAGCAACCCAGCUGGAGCAGAUGAGAGAGGACUUUUUGUCCAUCAAAGACACAAAGCAAAUAACAGAGGAAACAAUUAAGCAACACAGUAAAUGCUUGAAAAAGUUAAAGCAGAACUACCUGGAGAAAGAGGACUGUUUCAAAAGCCUGGCAUCACUUGAUGAAAUGCACACCAAGCUGGAAGAAUUACAGAAACAGAUGGCUUGGGCUUUGGUGGCUGAGAUGGAGAAGGACUUGGAGCCCAUUAAGGAGAGGCUGCAGGUAGACCGACGCUCCACAGAGAAAUAUGAUGAGAAGGUCGACGAAUGGAAGAAUAAGGUGGACCAAGCAGAAAAUAAGUAUAAACAGCUUCAGGAACAAUUGGAGGAAAUCACCCAGCAAGUUCAAGAUCUUCAGAAUAAAUGUGCUGAGCGCAAGGCUGAAUCUCAGAAACGUAACAGCCUUUUCAAGGCCAGCGAGGUUACUGUGCACACAUGCAGAGCUAGCCUAAGAGUCCUAGAAAAGGACAAAGCACAGCUGUCCUCACGGAUAAAAGAUCUGAAACUAAGCAUCAGUCAGAAAACAGGUGCCAAGGGCCACGUAAGGGCAGAGCGCGUGGAGCAGAUCAAGGCUGAGCUGGAAAACCUGAACCAUCAGAUUUCCACUCUAGGACAGCAGAUUAAUCAGUAUCAACAUGUCAGCAUCAGUGCCAAAGAUGAGCAAGAAAAGAUGAAGAGAGAGUAUAUGGUGCUCCAGAGGUCCAUUGAUGCUAACAGCAGGAACCUCCAGAUUAUGGAGAAGAGUUGUUCUAAUCAGCUUCAGCGUUUUGGAGAGCACAUGCCUGCACUGCUUAAUGCCAUCCAGGAAGCUCACAGAAAGGGCCAGUUCAAGCACAUACCCAGAGGACCUCUUGGACAUCUUAUUAGUCUGAAGGACCCGGAGCAGGCCCUUGCUGUAGAAGUAUGUCUUAAGGGCUACCUACAGGCCUUCACAUGCGACAACUAUGAGGAUGAAAAGGUUCUGCAGGGCCUUAUGGCCAAAGUGUUCUCAGGAGGUCAAAGACCUGCCAUCAUUACCAGCCCUUUCCUCCCACGUGUCCAUGAUACAAGACAGAGGGCCGUGAAUCAUCCUCAAUACCCCUCUGUGCUUCAAGCUCUGGAAAUUGAUGACCCAGUUGUGGCCAACUGCCUCAUAGAUCAAAUCGGCAUAGAGCGUAUUCUGCUCAUUAAGAAUCGCACAGAGGCUCGAAGAGUCAUGCAAGGAAGUAAUCCUCCUCAGAACUGUUCCCAGGCCUUUUCUCAGGAUGGUGAUCAGAUCUUCAAAAACCGUAAUUACAGUUCUGAUCAAACCAGAGCAAAACGUCUGUCAGUAAACACAGAGGAUGAAAUCAGGCACUUAAAGACGACGCUGGAGAACCAGGAAGCUCAAAAAGUUUGUUUCCAGAAACAGAUGAAGAAAGUGGAUGAAGACAUCAAACAAAAUGAAGCACUACGGAGAAGAGCCCAUGUUGACCAAAAGACGGCUAAAGACAAGGCCACAAAAUUGGAACUUGAGCUGACAGACCUACAGAAUGUGGAAGAGUCUCAAUCAGAGGACCUCAUUGUUCUGGAGGAGGAGCUGCAGGACGUUGUGGCAAAGAUUUCAGAUCAGUGCACCGAGUACGAGGAAGCAAAAGCCCAGCUGGCAAGCCUAAAAGCAGACUAUGAGAAAGCAGAGCAGGAUUACAAGCAGCACAAAGAGACAAUCAACUCCAUUGUUGAAGAAGCUGAUUUAAUCAAGGAUGAGCUGAGUAAAAGUGACCAGGAGGUGAUGAAGUUUAAACAUCACCAGAAACACUAUGAUGACAAACGCAGUGCCCAUCUCCGCAGCAUCCAGACUCUAGAAGCCCAGCUAAAGAGCAAAGAGGAGGAGAUAGAAUUUGAAAUGAAUAGCUUUAACCUUUUAAUUCAGGCAUCUGUGGCCAAGGCUACUAAAAUCUGUCCAGAACGCAUCGAUGUCCGUCGCACAGCCAAGACUCUGGACACUGAGAUCACCCGCCUCAAAGUGAAGAUCUCUACCAAGCAGGGGCAACAGGGGGACCGCAAGGACAUUGUGAAGCAGUAUCAUGGCGCUUUGGAGAACUACAAGAGCAUGUUAGAACAAGUGACGAACCUUAAGAGCUUCAUUAAAAACCUGAACAGUGUCAUCAACGAAAGAGUCAAAGUUUAUGCUGAGCUGAGGAGGUCCCUCUCGACCCGCUGUAAAUACUACUUUUAUACUAUGCUUACUCAGAGAGGUUGCAGCGGAAGUAUGAUAUUUAACCACAAGAAUGAAACCCUCUCCAUCUCAGUUCAACCAUUCCAAGAUGGGACUGACUUGAGUGACAUGCGUUCCUUGUCUGGAGGCGAGCGCUCAUUCUCCACCGUUUGCUUCGUUCUCUCUCUUUGGGCCAUCACAGAGGCGCCUUUCCGCUGUCUUGACGAGUUUGAUGUCUACAUGGACCUGGUGAACCGGAGGAUUUCUAUGGACAUGAUGAUGAAGGUGGCUACUGGUCAACAUUACAGACAGUUUAUCUUCCUCACCCCACAGAACAUGAGUUCUCUUCCAGUGACCAGAAACAUCCACGUCCUCCGUCUCAAAGAUCAAGAGCGUGAAAAAAACGACUCACAACAACGUCAAAAUGAGGACGAGUAACGGUAGAAUCUACCAUUAAAUGAGGCUCUAAGUCUGAAAACAGAUUUCUGUUCUUUGGGAAAUAUUUUAAUGUUUCAUAUGUUCAGUCACACUGAUUUUAUUCCCCUUUUUUAGAAAAUUUGUUGUUCAUUUAUGAAGUUUAUGUAUUGUUAAAAGUCUGAAUUCUGUUGUAACUGAAAUAUAACAUGAAAUAAAUGACUGUUACG